CAUGAAAGGUGUUAAAGCUGAACAUCCCAAUGGAAAUCCCUUAUGUGAAAGUUUUAAUUUACGGGUUAACAUUCUUAGUGUAUGCGUAUUCGGGCUAUGGGUCGGGCGUACUCGAAAAUUUACGGGACGCAGUAUUGGCAGCAGAAAAUGUUUUUGGUGAUGUUAUGAAAAACGUUAUCACGGUAGCUAAGCAAUUUAAAACUAUACACGAUGUUUUCGAUGCGGCUGUCGAGGAGAAUUGCGUAUUCAAAUGUCCAGUCGAAGGGGUUGCACCGAAACCGCAUCGGAAUCACGUGCCAAAGGCAGAUGGCUGUGGAGCACUAGGGUUAAAAAUUGACCCCAAUUCUUUACCAAUUGCGGAAAUGUCGAAAUGUUGUAAUGCUCACGACCUUUGUUACGAUACAUGUAAUUCAAAUAGGGAAGUGUGUGAUGUAGAAUUCAAACGUUGUUUAUAUCAGUACUGUGAUAGUCAUAAAAAGAACCUCGGUGGAAAUAUGGUGACAGCUUGUAAAAGUGCAGCGAAAAUUUUGUUUACUGGUACAAUGGCACUAGGGUGUAAGGCCUAUCUUGAUGCCCAGAAAAAUGCUUGUUAUUGCCCAGCCUCGUAUGGAUCGAAAAAGGAACAGAAGCGUGGUGGUAAAUAUUCUGGAGCGGAUGAGUUGUAACUUAGGUAAUUUAUAGAAACUGUAGAUAAAGAAGUAAAAUUAUUCUGAUUUG